UUGCUGCGAGCGUGUCUCCGGCGACCCGGCGGUGUGGCGGUUCCUUCGCGUCCCGGGCUCAGGCCCUGCGCGCUUCGCCCCUUUGCUGCGGCUCCUCUGGAGCCGGGCCUCUGCCGCCUGCUGCCGGCGUGGGCUUGAGGGGCGUCUCUGCACUUAAGCCUUGGCAUUUUUAAAAUAUUUAAUCAUUCAUGAGUUGAGCUUCAUUCUUGAGUCAUGGAUGACAAGGCUUCUGUUGGAAAAAUCAGUGUCUCCUCAGACUCAGUAUCUACUCUUAAUAGUGAAGAUUUUGUCUUGGUUUCCAGGCAAGGAGAUGAGACACCAUCUACAAAUAAUGGAAGUGAUGACGAAAAAACAGGACUCAAGAUUAUAGGGAAUGGAAGUGAGCAGCAGCUGCAAAAAGAGCUAGCAGAUGUGCUGAUGGAUCCUCCAGUGGACGACCAGCCAGGGGACAAGGAACUUGUGGAAAGGUCACAGCUGGAUGGCGAAGGAGAUGGACCUCUUUCUAACCAACUCUCAGCUUCAUCCACCAUUAACCCUGUGCCAUUAGUAGGGCUCCAAAAACCAGAGAUGAGCUUGCCAGUGAAACCUGGACAAGGAGAUUCUGAAGGGUCAAGUCCUUUCACACCAGCUGCUGAUGAGGACAGUGUAGUUUUCAGCAAACUAACUUAUUUAGGCUGUGCCUCAGUAAAUGCUCCCAGGAGCGAAGUGGAAGCCUUAAGGAUGAUGUCCAUCUUAAGAAGCCAGUGUCAGAUUUCACUAGAUGUAACUCUGUCAGUGCCGAAUGUAUCUGAAGGAACGGUGAGACUCUUAGAUCCUCAGACAAACACCGAAAUAGCAAACUACCCUAUCUACAAAAUCCUGUUCUGUGUCAGAGGGCAUGACGGAACUCCCGAGAGUGACUGUUUCGCUUUCACUGAAAGUCAUUACAAUGCAGAGCUCUUCAGAAUACACGUCUUCCGGUGCGAAAUACAAGAAGCUGUAAGCCGGAUACUUUAUAGUUUUGCCACUGCCUUCCGCCGUUCUGCCAAGCAGACCCCACUUGCAGCAACUGCUGCACCCCAAACUCCUGACAGUGACGUCUUUACCUUCUCUGUGUCUUUAGAAAUAAAAGAAGAUGAUGGUAAAGGUUAUUUUAGUGCAGUGCCUAAAGAGAAGGACAGACAGUGCUUUAAGCUUCGCCAAGGAACUGAUAAGAAGAUUGUCAUCUAUGUGCAACAAACAACUAAUAAAGAACUGGCCAUUGAAAGGUGUUUUGGUCUUCUCCUUAGCCCAGGAAAAGAUGUACGAAAUAGUGAUAUGCACUUGUUAGAUUUGGAAUCUAUGGGCAAAAGUUCAGAUGGAAAGUCCUAUGUUAUCACUGGGAGCUGGAAUCCAAAAUCUCUACCUUUUCAAGUUGUAAAUGAAGAAACUCCUAAAGAUAAAGUGCUGUUUAUGACCACAGCUGUUGAUUUGGUAAUAACAGAAGUACAGGAGCCUGUUCGAUUUCUCAUAGAGACAAAAGUCCGUGUUUGCUCACCUAAUGAAAGAUUAUUCUGGCCCUUCAGCAAACGUAGUACUACUGAAAAUUUCUUUUUGAAACUAAAACAGAUAAAGCAGAAGGAGAGAAAGAACAAUACUGACACUUUAUAUGAAGUUGUGUGCUUGGAAAGUGAAUCAGAGAGAGAGAGGAGGAAAACUACAGCCAGUCCCUCAAUUCGCCUGCCACAGUCUGGAUCUCAGAGUUCAAUGAUACCUUCUCCUCCAGAAGAUGAUGAAGAGGAAGAUAAUGAUGAACCUCUCUUGAGUGGAUUUGGUGAUGUAUCCAAAGAAUGUGCAGGAAAAAUUCUUGAAACAUGGGGAGAACUGCUGUCAAAAUGGCAUCUCAAUUUGAACGUGAGACCAAAGCAGUUGUCAUCCCUAGUAAGAAGCGGUGUUCCUGAAGCUCUGCGAGGAGAAGUCUGGCAGCUGCUAGCAGGUUGUCACAACAACGAUCACCUGGUAGAAAAAUACCGAAUUCUCAUUACAAAGGAGUCUCCCCAGGACAGUGCUAUCACUCGGGAUAUUAACCGGACAUUCCCAGCUCAUGACUAUUUUAAGGACACAGGAGGAGAUGGACAAGAUUCCUUAUAUAAAAUAUGCAAGGCAUAUUCUGUGUAUGAUGAAGAGAUUGGCUAUUGCCAGGGCCAGUCAUUUCUCGCUGCUGUUCUGCUUCUGCAUAUGCCUGAAGAACAGGCCUUCAGUGUUCUGGUCAAGAUCAUGUUUGACUAUGGUCUCAGGGAACUUUUCAAGCAAAACUUUGAAGAUUUACAUUGCAAAUUUUACCAGUUGGAGCGCCUCAUGCAGGAAUAUAUCCCUGACCUGUACAACCACUUCCUGGAUAUAAGCCUUGAAGCGCACAUGUAUGCCUCCCAGUGGUUUCUUACGCUUUUCACUGCAAAAUUCCCUCUCUACAUGGUCUUCCAUAUUAUCGAUCUGCUGUUAUGUGAGGGAAUAAGUGUUAUUUUUAAUGUCGCCCUUGGAUUAUUAAAGACUUCUAAGGAUGACUUGCUGUUGACAGACUUUGAAGGUGCCUUGAAGUUCUUCAGGGUUCAGCUUCCUAAGAGAUACCGCUCAGAAGAAAAUGCAAAAAAACUAAUGGAAUUAGCUUGCAGCAUGAAGAUUAGUCAGAAGAAGUUGAAAAAAUAUGAAAAGGAGUAUCACACCAUGAGGGAACAGCAGGCCCAACAAGAAGACCCUAUCGAGCGAUUCGAGCGGGAGAACCGGCGUCUACAAGAAGCUAACAUGAGGUUGGAACAGGAAAAUGAUGACUUAGCCCACGAGCUGGUGACCAGCAAGAUUGCACUGAGGAAGGACCUGGAUAAUAUUUCAUUUAUUUAUUUAAGAGAGCAAGAACAAGCAGAGGGGAGGGGCAGAGGGAGCGGGACACAGGGCCCACUCCCAGGACCUCGAGAUCACGACCUGAGCCAAAGGCAGAUGCCUAACUGACUGAGCCACCCAGGCGCCUCCUCCCAGAAAUUUUUCAGUUGUUAAUUUGUAAUUUAAUUCAGCUGUGAUCAGAGUACAUAUCCUUUCUGAUUUUAAUCCUUUUAAAAUAUAUUUAUGCUAAUUUUAGUGCCUACCUUAUGGUCUAUUUGGGUGUAUGUCCCACAUGUCCAUUUGGAAGUGGGAAAUGUGUGCUCUGUUAUUGUGAGUGCAACAUUCUGUAAACGUCAGUUUGGACGAGUUGGUUGAGUAUUAUUGAAAUCUUCCGUGAACGUACUGGUUUUCGCUCUCAACUUGUUCUACCACUUAAUGAGAGGACAGUGAGGAAAUCUCUAACCAUGCAUUUAUUUCACCUUUCAAUUAUGUUAGUUUUCAUUUCCUGUAAUUUGAACUUAUUCACGUUUCAGAUUAUUACACCUUCUCAAUGGAGUAAGUCUUUUAUUGUUAUGAAAUGUCCCUCUUUGUCCCUAGUAAUACUCUGCUCUGAAAUCUACUUUGAUAUUAAUAGUCACUCCUACUUUCAUAGUAUUGCCUGGUAUACAUCUUUUUCCGUCCUUUGACCUUUAAUAUGUCUGUGUCUUUAUAUUUAAAACUGUUUUUUGUAGCCAGCAUAUAGCUGGGUCUUGCUUUUUUUAUUCAGUCUGGUAAUCUCCUCCUUUUAAUUAGAAUGUUUAGGCCAGUUACAUUAAUGUAAUUAUUUCUAUGGUAGAUUUAAGUCUGCCACCUUGCUUAUUGUUCUCUAUUUGUUGCAUUUGCUUUUUCUUUCUCCUUUUCUGCCUCCUUUGGUUUAAAGAUUUUUUUUUUUUCCAAGUAACCUCUACACCCAACAUGGGACUUGAACUCACAGCCCCGAGAUCAGGAGUUGCACGCUCUUCUUACUGAGCCAGGCAGGAGCCCCUCUGUCGUCUUUGGUUUAAUUGGGUAUUUUCGUGUUUUCAGUUUAUCUCCUCUAUUGCUGUAUUAGCUAUUCCAGAGCUCUCUUAUCUCCAGGCCUCUGCCCCCCAGCUUCCAACCACCUCAGCAUCCCUGUUCCCUUAACUCUGCCUCCUUGACCUUUUGAAACAUGCUCUGUUUAGAACCCUUCACUCUCCUUCUUGGUCCAGAAUGUGCCUCUAGGUAGAAACCCAGGGUGAUAGUGGGAUUCAUCUUGUUUGUUUUCUUUCUCCCAGGAACCACAGUUCUGCAUGUAUUGUUUUCAGCGUCUGAAAACAGUAGCUUCAUACAUUUUGUCCAUUUUUUGUUUACAGUGGGAGGGUGAAUCUGGUCCUGGUUAGUCCUUCAUGACCAGAAGUGGAAGUCAGGAUUUGUGUUUAUUAUCUCCAGAUGCUUCCUCUUCAUAUGCUCAUGCAGAUAAAGUGCAGAGAGUGUGGUGCCCUGAGGGGACACUGGUUAGGCCAGUCCAGUAGCUUCUGGGCACCUCCCUCUCACACGGCAUUGAGAGUCAGCUCUUGGAGAGAUGGCACAAACAGUGGGCUUAAUGUCCCACCACCUGAUUGCAGAUGAUAGCUCUGCUAUGUGCAUUGUGAGAACCUGAGAGAAUCCCUUCCCCACCUGCCUUUUUUAUAAUUGGGGAGCCAGGGUGGGCAGGGAAGCCUUGACUUCAAAGACCCAGUUCAUGACCUGGCUGUUUCACACUUCUCAGAAUCACUGCCAUGGUAGUGAUGCUAAGUGACUGAGAGAACGGACGUGUGCGCCCCAGGCUCCGGAGCACUGCGCAGAGGAUGGUAACGAAGUCCAGGGGAGAGAGGAGAACAGGAAUAGGUUGCUCCACAGAUGGAAGUAAAACCAGUCUGUAACAGGACUUAGUUCUUCUUACUAGUUAUUUCCUCUGCUGUUUGGUUCUCAUUUCCUUUCAUUGCUUCUUGGGUUUGAGCUAGAGAAGGAGCUGACAGGCCUCAGCCCAGACAGGACAGGCCUUAACUCUAGGACCCACUUAACUGAACGCAUGUGUACCCUGCCCUAAUUAAUGGCCUUCUGAGGUGGUGUUAUCGAGCCGCUAGUUCUCCAUAUAGGGCCCCAGCCCUGCGGCUUGUGUUCCUCCCAGAGAAGACACUGCAGAGCACGCGUGGUGCGGUGGGAAGUGCAGGCGCUCCGUGACACCUCUUCAGCUGGGUGACGUCAGAAGCGCCGUUUAAUUUCAGGGAACCGCUUCCAUUCAUUGUUAAAAAGGGGGCUGUGGAACGAGCUGGCAGAGACCCUCUGUAGCUAACGCUGUGCAGCUAGGAGCUUCUGCCCCAGUUCUGUGGCUGCCCUCUGACGUGCUCCCCUUCGCUUAUCCUUGCAGUGCCCAGCGUCAGGGGCUCCUCCGUCAGGCACAGCUCUGUCAUUUUCACUUAGACACACAGAUCUACCCACCAGACCUUUGCAUGUUUUCAAAAAGAACUGGGGUGGAGGGGCCAUUUCAGAUAGUGGGUAAACGAGUGCCGGGAAAGAGGCGGCCUCCUUUAUUAUGUGAUGAGAAUGAAAUGUAGCCGUUGUUUGGGGAAGCAGAGGAAAUACUGAGAGUCUCGGGGAAGAAAACCAGGAUUUAUUAUUACUAUUAAUGAUCAUGACUGCUGUCUUGUAUUGAAUGCUUACCACCUGCUAGGUGCUGUGCUGAGUCCUUCCUGUGCCUUAUCCCUCAGAUGACAAGCCUGAAGCUCAGAAAGAUUCUCAGUGACUUGUCCAAGUGCAUGGUCAGAGAACGAUGGGGGUUGAGUCCAGGCUGUCUG